AUGACCCCAGGAGGUGGGGCUCUACGGUGGACAUCGAAUGUGCUCGAUAUACGGUCAUAUGAAGAACUAGAUACACGGGAAAUCAACCUCGUUCUAAUGAAGCUCAAAACCAGAGCGGUUCAGGCGACCAAAAGCAAAUUACAGUUCUUGCAGCAUCAAGUUCAAGAGAAAGUAAAAAUUGUGCAAGCUACUCAAGCACAGCUUCAAAUAAAUAAACUGGCUCUGGAAAACGCGGUGACAGGUAAACAAAUCACAAAUGAAGACGCUAACGUAUGGAUUGAGCACUUCGGUAGUUCGUUUUCACCGGAUCCGGAAAGCUACCAAUGGGUUAUCGAUUCCUAUCCUGAAGAGCAGCGACCUAUGCUUCACAUAAUUGCUCAAAUUGCUCUAGCACCCAAACGAAUUGAGCACGAAGAGGAUACCAUUAACCUUUACAGCCAGCUGCUUGAACCCACAAAAAAACUAAUCAAGGUAUACGAGAAAGAAGUGGAUCAUUGUAAGGCUUAUGAACAAGAGGCCGUAGAAAAAGCUGAACUCAAUGAAAAGAAAACUCUCUACAAGUCGACGCGGAUGAGGGAAAUUGUGUCAAUUCACCUUGGACAAUGUGGUGUGCAACUAGGAGGCGCGACCUGGGAGUUAUUCUGUUUGGAGCAUGGCAUCAUGCCUGAUGGAUUUGUCGCAAAUAAUGAUGAAAUAGACGGAUUCGAAGAUGAUGCUCACGCUACGUUCUUCUCGGAAACAGGGGAUAGGAAGCUCGUACCGCGUGCCUUGUUCUGUGAUUUGGAGCCUACGGUGGUUGAUGAGGUUCGAACUGGCACUUAUCGGUCAUUGUUUCAUCCAGAGCAGCUAAUGAGUGGCAAGGAGGAUGCCGCGAAUAACUACGCUCGUGGUCACUAUACGGUGGGCAAGGAAGCGAUUGAAGGUUGUAUGGAAAGGAUUCGGAAGCUGACGGAGAAUUGUACAGGGCUCCAGGCGUUUCUGGUAUACCACGCGGUGGGAGGCGGCACGGGUUCUGGAUUGGGAUGUUUGAUUUUAGAGCGGCUUUCUGUCGAUUACGGAAAAAAGUCGAAGCUGAAUGUGUGCACCUGGCCCGCGCCGCAGAUCAGCACUGCGGUUGUGGAGCCUUAUAAUGCUGUUCUGUGCACGCACUCCCUAAUCGAUCACACCGAUGUGUCCUUCUUGAUGGACAAUGAGGCGAUUUACGACAUAUGCAGCAACCAGUUGGACGUGGAGCAUCCCAGCUAUCCGAACCUGAACCGUUUAAUCGCGCAGGUAAUGUCGUCUUUCACUGUGUCUCUGCGAUUUGACGGCGCGCUCAAUGUUGACAUUACUGAGUUCCAAACGAACCUGGUGCCGUUCCCGCGCAUUCACUUUUGUAUGUCCUCUUAUGCUCCGCUGAUCACGCCCGAAAGGUGCAGUUCAGAGACCAUAACCGUCAGCCAGCUCACCCGUUCCAUUAUCCAGCCUGAGUCGCACUUCGCCAAAUUCGAUCCGAAGAGAGGCAGCUACAUCUCCAUCUGUUUGCUCUACCGCGGUGAUGUUGUUCCAAAGGACACCAAUGCAGCCAUCUCGCAGCUGAAGUACAACAAGCAGGUGAAGUUCGUGCCCUGGUGUCCAACUGGCUUCAAGGCGGGACUCAACUACCAGCCACCUACCCACAUUCCGUCCGGUGACCUCGCCAAGGUGUCUCGAGCGCUUUGUGCCUGUGCCAAUUCGACAGGCAUGGUGGACGUGUUCGGGCGCAUGGACCACAAGUUCGAUCUAAUGUACUCUAAGCGCGCGUUUGUGCAUUGGUACGUAGGAGAGGGAAUGGAGGAGGGUGAGUUCACAGAGGCUCGAGAGGACUUGGCUGUGCUUGAGAGCGACCUUCAGGAGGUCGCAAUGGAUUACCUGAACGAGCCUGAACCAGAGCAAUAG